AUGAACAACGGGAAUUGCAUUAUUACGACGGGCCUGCGGAAAUUGGCGCAUGGACCGAGGAAAACGGACCACGGCCGGUUGUUCGGUUACGGGCCGCACGAACCGAUGACGACCACGUUCCGGUUGGGUUACGGGCCGGACAACAACGCGACGGUGGCGGCUGCGGGCGAGCGCGAGCCGCGCCGGAUCGGACGCUUCGAGCGGCUGUUGCUCAAGACCCGGUGCGUCGCCGUGCCCGCGGACAUCGGGGCGCCCGUGAUCAUAGACGCCCGGACGACGUCGUACGCGCGUGACUUUGCGAUUGUGCACGAUAUCGAGGGUCCGAAGGCCGAACGCGUGCCCGCGCCGUCCGCGGACGUCAGCCAUCGGUUCUGCGAACCGUUCACCGUUUCGCCGACCACCAACCUCAAAUACUCGGGGGCCAGGCCGCCUGAGCCGUACGUGCCGCCCAAGUCCGAGUAUUGGAUGUCGCACGGCGUACUGGGCAAUCGGGUGAUUGCCGAACGGAUGCACGCCAAAGGCCGGAACAAACGACGUUGA